AUGGCGGGGAGUGCGCGCCGGAAACCCCAACCCCUCGGCUUCGACGUGCGCUACGCCGUCGCGCCCAUGGUGGGGCAGAGUGACCUGCCGUUCCGCCUCUUGUGUCGCCGCUACGGAGCUACUAUCGCGUACACGGAGAUGCUCCACAGGUCCCCCGCCCCUCCCGUUUCCUCCCCGCCUUCGCCCAGCGACGCGAUUUUGAGCGACCCGGGCUUUUUGUCGCGGGCCCUGCAGUCGCACGCGUGCGACGGCCCGCUGGUCGCACAGCUGGCGGACAACGACCCCGCGGAGAUGGUGCGCGCGGGCUGGGCGGUGCUCGCGCACAUGGCGCGCGUGGAGCAACCGGCGCAGGCUGGGCGCGUGCAGAGCACCGGGGAAGGUACGCAGGGGGAGCAGAAGCGGGCGGGGGGGAGGGAGAAGGCGGGAGAGACGAAAGCAAGUGGGGAAAAGGAGAGGAUGGGGAGACGAGGGGAACCAUACGAGAUGCGAGCUGAAGGGGGGGACGCGGCAGAGGCAGAACGAAGGGAGGGAGGAGGAGGAGGAGGAGAAGCGGAGCGUGUGUGUAGAUGUGAAGAAGGGGUUGAAAGACAGGGGGAGGUGUGGGAUUUGAAGGAGGGGCGGCUGCAGAGCGGAGAAGAGGGAGCAGCAGGUACAGUGGAGCAACGUGGACGUAGUAUUGUCGAGACUGCAGGCUGCAGCGACGACGAUGCUGCUGAAUGUGCCACGAGACCUAGCAGCAGUAUUGCCAACGGCAGCAGCAGCAGCAGCAGCAGUCUCAACAGCAGCGGGUGCUGGUGCGGUGGGUAUGGCAACGCCGGCGAGUGCAUGACACGUGGCACACAGGCAUCACCGCCCCACCUAGCGCCAUCCCUGUGCCUCUCGCCUCCCCCUCUGCCCCCCUCGCCCCUGGUGGCCCUGGACGUGAACCUGGGCUGCCCUCAGCUGCGCGCCAAGCAGGGCCACUACGGGGCGUACCUCCUCAAUGAUAAGGACCUGCCGCGUGUGUACGCCAUGGUGCGAGCCAUGGCAUCGCACCUGCCCAUCCCAAUUUUCUGCAAGAUCCGCCUCAUGCCCUCCCUGCCCCAGACCAUCGCCCUCUGUCGUGGCCUGCAGGACGCCGGCUGCGCGCUCAUUGCGCUGCACGCGCGCAUGCCAGCUGGCACUGUCAAAAGGCGAGUGGGCCCCGCUGACCUGGCAGCCGUGCGAGCUGUCAAGCAGGCGCUGGCCAUCCCCGUGCUCAGCAACGGCAACAUCUCGUCACCUGCUGACGUGGCAGCCAACCUGGCGUUCACCGGGGCAGACGGUGCCAUGUCAGCAGAGGGCGUGUUACACGACCCCAAGAUCCUCAGUGGGGGAAUCACCUCUCGGGAGGAGCGCCUCUCAGUGGCCUUGGAGUACCUCGCCCUGUGCCACCAGCUAGGCUCGGUGGAGUCAGGCUCGGUAACCUGGCCCGGCAUUCGUCUGCAUCUGGAGUACAUGCUCGGGCGGCGAGGGGCAGGUCGCUCUGUGUCCUUUGCUCACCAGGGAGCAUACCGCAGGGGGUGGGAGCUGAGAGCAGCUCUGCAUGCUGCAGCCUCGCUGCCUGCCCUUCGCCACGUGCUGCUGCAGGCUCUGCUGCCCCCAACCCAUGCCUCUGCUACAGGCGCCCCAUCCGAUGCCUCUGCUGCAGACCCCUUCUCCCAUGCAUCUGCUACACACCCUCCUAAUCCCGCUGCUACAGAACCAUGCAUGCUGCAAUGCUUGGAGCUAGGGGGGAGUCCUUUCAAAGAGCCCUCCAAGGCGCAUGCUGUUCACCCAACCGCGCCGUCUGGAAUUCCAGGUGAAGAACAGGCACAUGCCCACACCCACCGGCCGCGCAUACACGCGGCGCGGUGCGUGGUGGUGGAGAUGCUGCUGCCUUGCUGUUCCAUGCCCCCCUCCUUCCUUUCCCACUCCCCCCAAACAAACCCCUUUGGCGUCUCCUUCCACUCUCCCCUCCUCCCUUCCCCCGCCCCUCCCCUCGCCCCCCUUUCAUCUCUUCCCCUCCCCCUCCCCCUCCCCCUCCCCCUCCUCCUCUCCCCCCGCCUCAUCCGCAACCGCCACCGUGGUUGCGGCGGAACAACGGUGGGCGCGGGCGGGCGCGCGGAGGACCAUCUCAUCUCACCGCCCCACGCCAUCCGCAGCGGGCUGGCGGCGGCGUGGCGGUUGCAGCAGGGGGGCGCGGAGGUGGUGGUGUACGAGGCGAACGCGCGCGUGGGCGGCAAGCUGUGGUCGCACCGCGAACAGGGGUUCCAAUGGGACGCCGGCGCCAACACCAUGAUGGAGAACGAGCCGCUAGUGGGGCGCAUAAUAGACGACCUGGGGCUGCAUGACCGAGUGGUGCUGCCCGAGCAGCAGUCCAAGCGCUAUGUAGUGAAGAAUGGCAAGCCUACCCUGCUCCCAGCCAGUCUGCCCGAGUUCCUCACCACGCCACUCCUCUCCCUCCCUGCCAAGCUGCGCAUGCUAGCAGAGCCGCUGCUGUGGAAGCGGCUUUCCCCUGGAUCCAAUGCUGAUGAGGAGAGUGUGCGGAGCUUUUUGGAGCGACAUGUGGGGCCUGAGCCCGUGGACUACAUCGUGGACCCAUUCUGUGCCGGCACCACAGGAUCCGACCCCAACGACCUCCUCAUGAAGCAUGUGUUCCACGAGGUGUGGGAGCUGGAGCAGCAGCAUGGCUCUCUGCUGGUGGGAAUGGUGAAGACUCAGAUGGCCAAGGCCAAGGCCAGGAAGCAGCAGGCUAAACAGCAGGGCAGCACCGCCGCAUCAACUGGAGCGCCCAAAGUCCUCGCUCCGCGGCCCAAGGGCGUCUCAUUCUCCUUCCAAUCAGGCAUGCAGGAGCUGCCUCUCUCCCUCGCGACCCACAUCCCCGCCUCCGCCCUGCGUCUCUCCCACCGCGUGGACGCCCUCUCCUGCGACCUGCACUCGCCCCCGCACCGCCCCUCCUGGUCCCUCGCAGUCACGCGCGUGGGCGACGGGGGCAGUGGCGGCAAGGGCAAGGGUGGGAAGGAGGAAGGAGCGGAAAGAUUCGAUGCUGUUGUUGUCACGGCCCCUCUUUCCGCUCUCGCCAACAUGCCCUUCAAGCUGUCCGGGCAGCCGCAAAAACUUCCCAUCCAGCUGCCCGUCUAUCAGUCCAUGGCCCUGCUGGUGAACGCGUUUCGCGAGGAGGAUGUUUCGUCUGCGCUGCCCGGUUUUGGCGUGCUUGUGCCGACCAAAGAAGCAGCAGCCCACCAGUUCAAAUCGCUAGGUGCGCUCUUCUCAUCUGCCAUGUUCCCCCAGCGCGCCCCCAAGGGCACGGUGCUGCUCACGUCCUUCGUGGGGGGCUCUCGCUUCAAGGGCCUGCGCACUGCCUCCAUGGAGGAGCUGAACGCCAUGGCUCUAGCGGAUCUGCAGCGCCUCCUCGGAGUCAAGGCCAAGCCCAUCUUCUCCUCGCACAUGGUGUGGCAUGAAGCCUUCCCGGAGCUCACGCACGGGUAUGGCGGUGUGUUGGAGAGCAUGCGCAAGGUAGAGACCACCACGCCCUUCUUCUACUGGGCAGGCAACCACCGGGACGGCCUGGCAGUGGGCAAGGCACUGGUGGGCGGAUACAGGGCAGCAGAGAGAGUGCUGGCAGACCUAGAGGCCACAGGCGGGAGGCACCUCUUCACCAUGGCACACCCGGAGCCCCCGCUCAUGUCGUGA